UUUUUCAACCUGUGGUGCUUGAAGACGGGUAGGGAAAUCUCCAAGGAAUGGAGUUAGCUCACAGUUUACUACUUAAUGAAGACGCAUAUAACCAGCUUGGUGAAUUCCAAAAAGCAGAGUUCAUUUUCGAAUGGUUACAGUUUUUGGAAAAGCUUUUACCAGUGACUAGCAAAGCUGAUAUAAGGGAAAACCAGAAGAAACUGGUUGAGCAAUUGACUUGCUUGUUAAACAGCUCACCAGGACCUCCGASUAGGCGGCUGAUUGCCAAGAAUUUAGCUGUACUUUAUAGCAUUGGAGACACUUUUUCUGUUUAUCAAACAAUUGACAAAUGCAAUGAACUCAUUCGAAGUAAAGAUGAUUCACCAAGUUAUCUGCCUACAAAGCUUGCUGCGGUGGUAUGCUUGGGCUAUUUGUACAAAAAAUUGGGAAGAAUUUUGGGAAACAGUUUUACUGACACCGUUGGGAAUGUACUUAAAGCAAUGAAGAAUGCAGAGUCUCAAGGUCGUUAUGAAAUCAUGCUUAGUUUACAGAACAUAUUAAAUGGUCUGGGAGCUGCUGCUAUCCCCUGCCACCGGGAUAUUUACAAGGCUGCCCGCUCCUGUUUAACAGAUCGAUCCAUGGCCGUCCGCUGUGCUGCCGCAAAGUGUCUUCUGGAACUUCAGAAUGAAGCAAUUUUUAUGUGGAGUACAGAGCUAGAUAGUGUUGUGACCCUGUGCUUUAAAUCCUUUGAAGGUUCCAAUUAYGACGUGCGGUUAGCAGUUUCAAAGCUCUUGGGCACCGUGUUGGCUAGAGCUGUAAUGUCAAAACACACAACAGCAUCCACCAGGCAAAACUUCCGCCAAGUCUCUCUAGAAGAUGCCAUGGAGCUGUUAGCCACUGGAUUUUUACGUGGAAGUUGUGGAUUUCUGCGAGCCAGCGGUGAUAUGCUCAAAGGAACUAGUUCAGUCAGCAGAGAUGUGAGAGUUGGAAUCACCCAGGCAUAUGUGGUAUUUGUCUCCACGUUAGGAGGACAAUGGCUUGAAAGGAACUUCUCUGCCUUCCUCUCCCAUAUUCUAGAUCUCGUGUCUCCGUCUCACCCCAAGGCUACUCAGGCUCAGAUGGAUGCUAUCUGCUCUCGCCGCUGCGUUUCAUUUAUCCUUCGAGCUGCAGUAGGAGGCCUGCUUGGGGAGAAGGCUCAAAUUGCAGCUGCCAGGGAGAUUUGUCAGGCCAUCUGGAAAUUGAAGAAAGUUGUGGAUGCUGCAAUGAGUGAUGGUAACUUGGAAACACGAAUUACAACAGAUGUGACAGCAAGUCAGCAUGUGCUUGUGUGUGUGCUGCAAGAACUCGGGAGUCUCAUCCAUGGCUUAGGAACUACAGCAGCACCAUUACUGCAAGAUUYCAGUACAGGAAUUCUGGAAGCGGUCAUUUCUGUCAUUGUUCAUCCCAGCGUGGCAGUUAGGCUAACAGCAGCGUGGUGCUUGCGCUGUAUUGUGGUAGCGCUGCCGUCCUACGUGUCCCUGCUGCUGGAUCGCUGCAUUGACCGUCUUAGUGCAUUGAAAUCCUCCCCAGAAGCAGUUACUGGUUAUAGUUUUGCUGUUGCUGCUUUGCUGGGUGCAGUGAAACUCUGUCCUUUAGGAAUUCCACAUGGAAAAGGGAAGGUCAUCAUGACAGUGGCAGAGGAUCUGUUGUGUUCUGCUUCUCAGAACAGUCGCCUUUCACUGCAGCGAACACAGGCAGGAUGGCUGUUGAUAGCUGCCCUCAUGACAUUAGGUCCUGCAGUUGUCCAACACCAUUUGCCAAGAAUACUGUUGCUGUGGAAGUGCAUCUUUCCAUCAUCUCCUAAAGAUCUAGAAACAGAGAAGACUCGAGGAGAUUCAUUUACAUGGCAAGUAACACUGGAAGGCCGUGCUGGUGCUCUCUGUGCUAUCAAGAGCUUUGUUUCCCACUGUGCUGGUCUGCUUACAGAUGAAGUUAUUCAAAGACUUCUCCCUCCUCUCCCAAGUGCUGUUGAUUUAUUGAUUCAGCUUUCUUCAAUAUAUAAACUAUAUGGCAAUUCCUUAAAAACGUCAUCAACAGUUUACAGACAUAAACUUUAUGAAUUACUGGCAGUAUUACCUCCAAAGACUUAUGAAGGAAGCUUCUCUGCUGUUCUAAAAGAACUAGUGGCUGACUUGACUGUUCCAGAUAACCAGAUUGAUGCCUCUACCUUUUUGCUCCCACCUCUUUGUCAUGAGAAUGAUCUCCUCCUGCUUGGUCCCUUACUGCAGGAGACUGACCACAGAUUUAUUGAAGAGCAGCUCUUCGUAGGUAACAACAUAGCUGGGGGCAGCCUGGAGUAUGACCCUUACUCAGUUUAUGAGAAAGCUGCAAAAGGUGAUUCAGUGCCUAAACCUCUACCUCCCAUGUUGUCUGUUAUCAGUGCAGCAACUCGUCUGUUUGGAGUUAUAUUUUCCCAUGUAACAGAAUCUCAAAGACUUCAGGUGUUGGAACAGUUGUUGGAUUCUAUAAAACAAACAAAAGGAUCACGGCAACAAAUAGUACAACUAAACGUUGUGUCAGCCUUUUCUACUUCCUUAAAGCACUUGGCUAGCUGCAAAGGACAUUUAGGUCCAGAAGAAGUUAGAAGAUCUGCCCUGGCGUUAGUGAUGGGUGCCUUGGAAAGCAAUAACCCUCUGCUAAGAUGUGCUGCUGCAGAGUGUUUGGCCAGGCUGGCUCAGGUGGUCUCUGACAGUGCCUUCACUGCUGGAUUAGCACAAGUUAGUUUUGACAAGCUAAAAUCAGCUCGGGAUGUGGUAUCAAGAACAGGUCAUUCUUUGGCUUUGGGAUGUCUGUACAGGUACCUCGGAGGAAUAGGUUCUACUCAGCACCUGAAUGCAUGUGUUGGAAUCCUAUAUACCUUAUCUCAGGACAGUACUUCUCCUGAUGUACAGGCAUGGGCACUACACUCCCUGUCACUGGUAGUAGAUUUGGCAGGUCCCUUGUUCCAUGUGCACGUGGAACCUACCUUAUCUCUCAUUCUCAUGCUGAUGUUGACCGUGCCUCCUGCUUACACUGAAGUUCAUCAAAGUCUGGGUCGCUGUUUAAAUGCACUUAUUACCACCUUGGGUCCUGAGUUGCAAGGCAGCAGUAAAACAGUUUCAGCCUUAAGAACUUCUUGUCUUCUGGGCUGUGCAGUGAUGCAAGAUAAUCCCGACUGCCUUGUCCAGGCUCAAGCCAUCUCUUGCCUUCAGCAGCUUCACAUGUUUGCUCCUCGACACGUCAACUUGUCUAGCCUUGUAAGCUGCCUGUGUGUGAAUCUCUGUAGCUCUUACUUGUUGCUGAGACGGGCGGUGGUUGCUUGUCUGCGUCAGCUCGUGCAGAGAGAAGCUGCCGAGGUGUCCGAAUACGCUGUUGCUUUAGUCAAAGAGAGCCGAGAAGAUUUUACUCCAGAUGUCAACAUCAGAGAGAUAGGCCUGGAAGGAGCAUUGCUGGGCUUGCUGGACAAAGAAYUGGAUCCAAGAUUGUGCCAAGAUAUCAAAGAGACUCUGACUCAUAUGCUGACUUCCAUGGCGGUUGAAAAGCUCUCCUUUUGGCUGAAGCUGUGUAAAGAUGUUCUUGCUGCAUCAGCUGAUUUCAAUACAGUAGCUUCAGUGGAUACUACUCAAGAAGAGGAGACUGCUAAAGCAGACGAUGCCUCAGUAUUAACCUUGGCAAGUGAUGAAAGGUCCCACCCUUUCAGUAAUCCACGCUGGUCUACAAGAGUUUUUGCUGCCGAGUGUGUUUGUAAGAUUAUCAGCCAAUGUGAGAAUGCAGACAGUGCUCAUUUUGACAUAACUUUGGCUCAGGAAAGAAAACAACGUGAUUCAAGAGAUGACUUCUUGGUGUUGCAUUUAGCUGACUUGAUACGUAUGGCUUUUAUGGCUGCCACCGACCACAGCGAUCAGCUUCGUCUUUCUGGACUGCAAACGUUGCUAAUUGUUGUUCGGAAAUUUGCAGCUGUCCCAGAACCUGAGUUUCCAGGACAUGUAAUUCUGGAGCAGUAUCAAGCCAAUGUUGGAGCAGCACUUAGGCCUGCAUUUGCCCCAGAAACGCCCCCUGAUGUCACAGCAAAAGCCUGUCAGGUGUGCAGUGCCUGGAUAGCAAGUGGGGUAGUAAGUGACCUUAGUGACCUUCGAAGGGUUCACCAGUUGCUGGUGUCCUCUUUGGUCAAAGCACAGGCUGGAAAAGAAGCACAGAGUCAACAGUAUAACGAAAGCACCUCAACUAUGGAGAUCCUGGCCGUGCUUAAGGCUUGGGCAGAGGUUUACAUAGUUGCAGUUGAAAAACAGAAAAAUCUAAGCGAUGCACACAAUCACUCUUUGAAAACUGCCAACUCUGCAGAAGAAAGCUACCGAGAGACAGCGUCUUCGGUCAGUGGGCUCCUAGAACUGGUUCAGGCAGACCUGGGAACCCUGAGCAAGCUCUGGCUUGCGGCACUCCAGGAUUUUGCUCUCUUAACUUUGCCUUCAGAAUAUGCAUCUCAAUUACCUGCUGAAGGUGGUACAUUUUAUACAGCAGAGACAAUCGAAAGUGCCAGACCUCAUUACUACAACUCCUGGGCACUAAUACUUUAUGCUGCAGCAUUAUGGCUUACCAGCACGGGUUUUAUCGUUGCUGAUCCAGAUGAAGGAGUAACAAACCUUUCCAGACCUGUCACCCCAACUACAAUGUGUCAAGAUUCUUCUUCCAGACCCUUGGUGAAAUCUCCUGAGGAUGUUAAUACCGACAGGUUUCAUCUGAUUCUGGGAAUUAGCGUGGAAUUUCUUUGCUCCCCUCGGUCAGAUGCAGCAAUGGAGAACAUUGUGGCCUGCUUACAUGCUCUACAAGCACUCUUUGAUGUUCCGUGGCCAAGGUCUAAAAUAGGUGCUGAUCAGGAGCUGGGUGUAGAGCUGUUGAAUGUUUUGCAUCGCCUGAUACUGACCAGAGAAUCGCCUGACAUUCAGCUUGCUGCCCUUGAAGUGGUUCGACUCAUUCUUUUUGCAGCUCAGGAACAUGUGAAAGAAAAACGCAGAAGUGCAGAAGUUGAUGAUGGUGCUGCAGAAAAGGAAACCUUGCCAGAAUUUGGAGAAGGCAAAGAUACAGGAGGACUGGUGCCUGGGAAAUCAUUAGUCUUUGCAACACUGGAGUUGUGUGUUUGUAUUCUCGUCAGACAGCUUCCCCAGCUCAACCCUAAAUUAACUUGUAGCCCUGCAGUUCAAUCUGGAAAACAUCAGUUAUUGUCAGAGGAUGGAAGCAGACUGGUAGCAGCAGCAUUAGUUAUCCUCUCUGAUGUCCCUGCGAUCUGUUCUCCUGAAGGCAGCGUUUCCGUCCUUCCUACUCUCUUGUACCUGAUAAUCGGCGUGCUGAAGGAAACGGCGGUGCGGGCGCGCGGCGCCCACCUCGCUCUGCCCGCGGCCGCCGCGCUGCAGGCCCUCAAGGCGCUCCUGGCUUCGCCCAUGGCUCGGGCCGAGAAGAGUCGGGCUGCUUGGACGCAGCUUCUGCGCAGCGCUCUGGUCACCGUGCUCGACUGCUGGGACCGAACAGAGGGGCAGCCCCUCGACGAGGGCAGCCUGCUCGCGGCGCUCACCCUCUUCGGCGUCUCGGCCAGCCCCGACGUGGCCGCCGCCGAGGGCCUGCAGAAGCGCUGCGUGGACAAGUUCAAAGCGGCUCUGGACUCCAAAGACCCUGUGGUCCAGCAUAAAUGCUACCAGCUGCUGCACUCCAUCUUUCAGCAUCCAAACAAAGCUGUGUCAUAUCCUUAUAUUCAUUCUUUAGCAUCAUCCAUUGUGGGCAAAUUGCAGGAAGCAGAAAAAGCAAAGCCUGAGAAUGCUGCCGAACUUCAGGUGGUUCAGGAGGGCAUCAAGCUGAUGAUCACUCUCACGGCUGCAGCUGAGGAAGAGCACCGCGCUCAUUUGGUGGCCUGCCUUCUGCCCAUCCUUAUUUCCUUUCUUCUGGAUGAAAAUGCCCUAGCAUCUGCUACAAACUCAGCAAAAUACCUACAUGAGUUUGCUUUGCAAAAUCUGAUGCAGAUCGGUCCACAGUACUCAGUGGUCUUCAAAAAACUAAUAGCCUCCUCUCCAACUAUGAAAGCCAGGCUGGAAUCUGCUGUAAAGGGCAAUCAGGAAAGCAUCAAAGUGAAGACUGCUAAACAUGGGAAGAAUCCUGGGAAAAGUUCAAGCAUCCAGCUGAAGACCAACUUUCUUUGAAGUCUCAUACUGUCAUUUUAUGCACUUUGAUAUUGACAGCAAAAAAAUGUCCCUUUUCAUUUCUAAUCAGAGUAGGAAAAGUUGAUCUUGCAUAUAGUUGAGUUUGCAUUGAGUCACCUUGGAAGUUUUGAGGAGAAAUCCAAUCUCUGGAUAACUUGUUGGUGACUUCCAAACAUCUUUAAAUACUGUAUAUAAAAUUUAUCAGAGGUUAUCUAAUCUGUAUUUUUGGAUUAUUUUGUAUUAAAAUACCAGGAAUACAUGCCUAUAUUAAAAACAACACAAAACAAAAAAAACCCUAUAAUAAUGGUAGAUAAAUUUUAGGAGCAGCCCAUACUUGUUCAUUAAGUAAAAUUUUUUUUUGUUUUAAAUCAGUGUAUAUCAAAAUAAGUUAGUCUGGGCUUUGAAUUUAACUGGGAUAUAAAUUUACUUGCAGGCUGUAAUCUA